UAGAUCCAACCCACCGCUGCUACAACCUACUCAAAUGCAUCGGUAUCGGUCUAAAAGCAAGCGUCGAAGGUGAAAUGCCGGCAUUGCACGUGGAUGAUUAUACAUCUGUCAUACCAAGACAACUAACUGCGCCAGACGGUCAGGAGUUUGUGCUGCACAGCUACGCCGGGCCCGUGUUCGCGGCCAUGCGGCAGGCGAUGCACAUCAAGCCUCCGUCAUUCGUGCAUUCCGUCUGUCCAAAAACUGCGCAGUACCUGGAGUUCAUCAGCAACUCAAAAAGUGGUCAGGAUUUCUAUCUCACGAAUGACAAGCGCUAUAUGAUAAAGACAGAAAAAGAGAAAUAUAUCCACAUAUUUCUUUCUUUUCUCGGGGAUUACAUUUCUCAUUUCUGGAAGUAUCCUCAUUCUCUGCUAGUCAAGAUUCUCGGAGUCUACUCGAUUAGCUUUGGAAGAAAUCAGUUGUUUUUCUUCGUCAUGCAGAGCGUGUUCUUCCCCGAUGAGCGUAUUGAUGACCGAUUCGAUCUCAAAGGCUGCUACGCGGGGCGUUACCAACAGGCAGAGCCACCGGGAAGUAAAGUCAUAACAGUACUAAAGGACAAGAACUUCAAAACGGAAACGAUCGGGUUUGCGGGCGGUACGAAGGAAUGGUUUAUAGAGCAGCUGCGUGCAGACACAGACUUUCUUGUCGACCAAGGCGUCCUCGACUACAGUCUCCUCGUCGGCAGACAAAAGCUGGUACGCGACGAUCGUCGCGUCGACAUCGCCGAAGUCAAAAGCGUCAAAAGGUCGCGGUCUAUACGUGAGCUGAACCGUCAGAGUUCGACGAUCAGCUCGAUGAGCGGGGCCAGCGACUUCUCUGGCAGCAUGAUGUCCACUACAAACCUGUUCUUCACGACGCGCAACGACGUUAGUGCCGACGCCAGCGCCAGCGCCGGCGGCGGCGGCGGCGGAGACCAGCGACGUGGCGACAACGAGCCUAGGACGGUGCGCAAGGGCAGCGCGACGCGACGGUCGACGCGCAGGAGAGUAAGAACGAAUCAAGUCGACGUCGUCGACGACUCGAGCCAGUCGACAGCGUCGGCUGCGCAUGCGCCGUCGGACGACGGCGGCGCGUCGGACACGAUUGCAGUUGGUCACCAUGACGUGCCGUUAGAGGACGCCACGGUGCAUCCGCGUAUUCGCGAUGCGUUUCCGGCGGGUAAAUAUGACCGUGGCUCGCACGUGAGAGGCACGCGGGAGGUGGUUGUUAGUCCCGCCGUGCCGGCCGCUGAAACCCCGAGUGUGACACGACACAGGGUCAACAACACCGGCGUGCAACAGCGCGCAAAUCUCGUCCGCCGUGACUCGACGAUUGCCAGCCACACAUCAGCACACGAUGCCGACGUCGAUGUCAGCGCUAUGGCAUCGACUGCGACUGCGACUGAGACGACCCGUGUGCCGCCCCUGAUCACAACUAAUGCCGUAGAAGCUGCAACUUCAGCGAAGAACGUCGCGAAUUCGCGCGCGCUUCCGCCCAUCACGACGUCAGUGAGCACGCAAGGUGGCGCUGCGGGCCAGCCGCUGGAGAAGCACACGUUUUCGUUCAUCGAUGCGAAGCUGAUACGCCACAUGAACAUUGAGAACCGGCGUCUGCUACCACACACGAAGAACCCGCUGCACGUAGUAGACGGCUACGAGCAACGCUACUACGUCGGAAUUAUAGACAUCUUCACCCGGUACGAGUGCAGGCAGAAGGGAGCGCGAAUCUGGAAGACGCUCUACUUUCUCACGCUGCAGCAACACUCGACCCUACCUCCGUCCAAGUAUGCCGAGAGAUUCGUCCGUGAGAUUGCCAACCGCGUCAAGUAGAAAUGCGGUUCUCCUUUACUCGCGAUCUAUAUAGUUGUCUUUAAUAAUUUAUUCGUGCGUUUUGUUUUCGCGUGUGAUUUGUGCUUCUAACUGGUGACCAUAUUGUCCGUCCCAUUGCCUCCAGGCUCCACGCCGCCAUCCAGUCCCGGCGUUAUUAGAAGGAACUGCCUGUUUCCUCUUAAUGAUUUUCAUUACAGUUUAUACGCGCUGCUGAGGUCUAAAUUAUUAAUCAGUUAUAAUUAAUACUAAAUUAAUAUAAAUAUGUAUUGAAAUUGCAUCCAGUUAUGUUCAUGUAUUAAGUGCGUUUAGUGUAUUCCAUCAUGCCCUAUAUGCUAAUACAAAUAUAAUAACAAAAAUAGCUAUAGUGCCAUGCAUUCUUAUUGGUGUCGUAUAAUAAGUAAUGUUGACAUAAACUGGCAAACUAUAACACAACAGGGUUGUAUUUUCCAGAUGUGUGAGCUGUAUGCGAUUUGGUGUGGGGUGGCCUAACUGUCGUGGUAGCAUGGUCAUUCAGUAGAAAUAUCCGAGUUUUUAAGUUGAACAACGAAUAUUGAUAUAAAAGAUAGAUAUGACUAUACUUCUUUUUUAUAUCAAACGACACGCGAUUCCGUGU